AUGAAUGGAAAUCAAGUUGGAAAUGAUAGUGUAACUGGGAAUAGCUAUGAGAAAGUGGCAUAUACAGUAGAUAAACGCAGUAAAUUUCUCUUGCCAGCAGUCAUAGUGAGUGUUCUACUAGUUCUCAUUACUAUUGGUCUCACUGCAGCAACAUUAGUUAUUGUCAAUAGUCGUUUAAAAGAAUCAGCAAUAACAAGUACUCCAUCGCUCAAUUCAGCCUAUGCUGAAUCCGUUAAAAUUACGGAUGUGAUGACACAUCUGAAUGAAUUUCAACGAAUCGCAACAGGUGCUAAUGGUAAUCGAGCAAUCAAUACACUCGGAUUCAACCAAACACUUGAUUACAUUACGAAUUCUUUAUCAUCACAUACGAACUUUCAAGUACAAAAGAGUUUCUUUUAUCUAAGAAAUUUCAUUCUGGCAGGUAACCCGAUUCUACUUACAUCUAUUGCUGGCGUUGUCAAGAACCGUACUUAUUCCACUGCGAUUUCAUCGUCAGAAUUCUACAUUGCUAUGUAUUCGAGAUCUGCUAACUUUGCCGAUCAUGUUGCGAUCAGUGCCAUUCCAAAUGUUGGAUGUGAUGAAAGCGACUGGAACGCGGCAAGUCCCCCUCCGACGAAUAGAGUUGCACUAGUUAAACGAGGUACUUGCAGUUUUGUUGAAAAAGCAGCAUUUGCCGUAAAAUACAAUGUCGCUGCCCUCCUGAUCUAUAAUGAUGGAACAUCAGCAGAUCGUAUUCCACCAAUAUUCAUCAGUUUGGGAGAAGAGAACGAAUUGCCGGCAUUAUUUCUCUCCUACACACUAGGCCAAGAACUAGCGACCGCUGCUCAAGAUCCAUCAAACAAUGUCGGCGUUCGUCUUAUUAUUCGUUUUACUGAUGAAAGUACUUUUCCAGUCGGUAACAUUUGUGCGGAUACACCCACUGGCGAUGCAACGCAAACAAUUGUUAUUGGAAGUCACAGUGAUAGUGUUCCUGCCGGACCUGGCAUCAAUGACAAUGGAAGUGGAAGUGCUGCCAACCUUGGCUUAGCAAUUGCACUCGCGCGACUCUUUCAAACAUCUUCCUAUGAGAAAUACAAAUAUCGUAUUCGAUUCUGUUGGUGGGGAGCCGGAGAAGUCGGCUUACUGGGGUCUGUUGAUCAUGUUAAAAAUGCAAAAGUGGCCACUGCUAUAGGUGAACGUCUUCAAGAUUAUCUCAUCAAUCUGAACUUUGACAUGCUCGGAUCACCGAACUACAUCUUUGGUAUCUAUGAUGGUCAAACAGCAAACGAUGCUACACCUGCACAAGCACUUCCAGGUAGUAACAAGAUCAGUGCACUGUUUCGUGACUGGUUUGAAAGUCAAAAGCUACCAUGGGACUUUACUGACUUCAGUGGUCGAAGUGAUUAUGGACCGUUUCUAGCUGAAGGUAUCGUUGCAGGUGGACUAUUCUCAGGUGCUGACGAAACCAAAUCUCAUGAACAACGUAAGCGCUAUGAAGAAGCCUUGGGACCAAACAUGGGUGGUGUUUCUGGUGCUAUUCAAGAUCCAUGCUAUCACAAAGCAUGCGAUUCGAUUGAUAAUAUAAAUGUUUUUGCGUAUGAAAAAAUUGUUCAAGCAGCUGCUUAUGCCGUAGAAUAUUUAGCUAAGCAAAGUGAUUUGGCUACGUGGCUUUAUCCAAAUGGUAGACCGACACGUACGAGCGGUCAAUCGUCACACCGAAAGUACAACUCUAUCAAUGAAUAUUUUGGAUUACCGUAUCUUUAG